CAGAAUUCUCUAUCCAGGUAUCAAUCGACUUAUGCCGUGUCAUCUUCGUAACAUAUCUCAAUAGGUCGGUUUUUUGUCAAUUACCUAUUAUAGCUAUUCUUCUUUAUUCACACUUGAGACCGAUUAUAUAAAAGAUUGGCAUUAAAAACAACACAGACGGCAAUAUUAAAAAACUAUCGAAUUGGAGAAUAAUUCAUCCAGCUAAAAUGGGUUGUUUGUGUCUUAACAUUCAUCCAACCCGUUUAUUAUUUGUGUUAAUGAGUUGUGCUAUUUUCGAGUUUAGUUUGUAUUACUUUCGUAUCAAUUGGUAAAAUUGAACCAACCCCCACUUGUCUUUGUGCACUGAAAUUAUGUCUUGAGCUUGUUGCAUUGAUACAAGUCCAAGCAGACAAAUCAGAGUCUCACGAGGCAUUUAAUUCUCCUUCUACACAUAAGAAGAGAGCUCAGAAAUGAAAACAAAGGUAAGGGGAGAGCAAUGGAGACAGAAGUGAUUGGCAGAAGAGACUUUGGUGGUUCACUACCUGUUGAUAAUGUUCAAGCCCUUGCUUCCAAGAACUUGGGGGAUAUACCACCACGGUAUAUCAGGCCAGAGGUCGAGGUCAGUGAAGAUUUAGUCGACGAGUCUCUCCAAAUUCCAGUGAUUGACAUGGGCAAGCUUGUGAGUGACCAGUUUGGCUAUGAUGAUGAAUUGGCAAAGCUUCAUCAGGCUUGCAAAGAGUGGGGCUUCUUUCAGUUGAUCAAUCAUGGAGCAUCGGAAGCAAUCGAGAAAAUGAAGGUGGUCACAGAGGAGUUCUUUGAGCUGCCUUUAGAGGAGAAGAUGACCUGUGCACAACUCCCAAAUAAUAUUGAAGGUUAUGGCCAAGCCUUUGUUGUAUCAGAAGAUCAGAAGCUUGACUGGGGUGACAUGCUCUUCCUUAUGCCCCUACCAGUCUCUCACAGAAACAUGAGAUUUUGGCCCAUGACUCCCACUUCAUUCAGAUCAACCUUGGAUGAGUACUCGUCAGAGCUGCACAAAGUUUCAAUUAGCCUCUUCAGCUUGAUGGCUAAAAAUCUUGGUAUUGAUUCUGAGAAGCUCACCAGCUUGUAUGAAGAUGGCAGACAAGGGGUGAGAAUGAAUUACUAUCCACCUUGUGUGCAGGCAGACAAGGUUAUGGGCAUCACUCCACACUCCGACGCCACAGGAAUGACCCUGCUGAUUCAAGUUAAUGAAGUGCAAGGACUGCAAAUCAAGAAAAACCAUAAAUGGAUACCUGUUAAACCUGUUCCUGGUGCAAUUAUUAUCAACAUUGGAGACAUCAUGGAGAUUAUGAGUAAUGGAGAAUACAGCAGCAUUGAGCACAGAGCUGUUGUGAAUUUUGGAAAGGCUCGACUUUCAAUUGCUGCAUUUCACAGUCCAAAUGUAAGUACCAAUAUUGGUCCUCUGGCAGAUCUCAUGAGAGAGAGUGGAGCAAAGUAUAAGACAUUGAGCAAUGACAACUAUGUGAGAUUGAUUGUUUCCAGCAAACUUGAUGGUAAAAGCCUUCUGAAUCAUAUGAGAGUUAUGCAGUAAGAAGAAAAAAGUAGAAUGCUUGUGGAAGAACUGUUUUUUUUUUUUUUU